AUGGGGGUGAACGCCGUGCACUGGUUUCGCAAGGGGCUUCGGCUCCACGACAACCCCGCCCUGAAGGAAUGCAUUCAGGGCGCCGACACCAUCCGCUGCGUCUACAUCCUCGACCCCUGGUUCGCCGGCUCCUCCAACGUGGGCAUCAACAGGUGGAGAUUUUUGCUUCAGUGUCUUGAGGAUCUUGAUGCUAAUCUGCGAAAAUUAAACUCUCGUCUGUUUGUGAUUCGUGGACAACCAGCGGAUGUGUUUCCCAGACUUUUCAAGGAAUGGAACAUUACUAGGCUCUCAAUUGAGUAUGAUUCUGAGCCUUUUGGGAAAGAACGAGAUGCAGCUAUUAAGAAACUGGCUUCUGAAGCUGGAGUAGAAGUCAUUGUACGAAUUUCACAUACAUUAUAUGACCUGGACAAGAUCAUAGAACUCAAUGGUGGACAACCGCCUCUCACUUAUAAAAGAUUUCAGACUCUCAUCAGCAAGAUGGAACCUCUAGAGAUCCCAGUGGAGACAAUUACUUCAGACGUGAUAGAAAAGUGCACAACUCCUGUGUCUGAUGACCAUGAUGAGAAAUAUGGAGUCCCUUCCCUGGAAGAGCUAGGUUUUGAUACAGAUGGCUUAUCUUCUGCAGUGUGGCCUGGUGGAGAAACUGAAGCACUUACACGUUUGGAAAGGCAUUUGGAAAGAAAAGCUUGGGUGGCAAACUUUGAAAGACCUCGAAUGAAUGCUAAUUCCUUGCUUGCAAGCCCCACUGGGCUCAGUCCUUAUUUGCGAUUUGGCUGUUUGUCAUGUAGACUAUUCUACUUCAAACUGACAGAUCUCUACAAAAAGGUAAAGAAGAACAGUUCCCCUCCUCUUUCUCUUUAUGGGCAGCUAUUGUGGCGUGAGUUUUUCUAUACAGCAGCAACAAAUAAUCCACGCUUUGAUAAAAUGGAGGGAAACCCCAUCUGUGUUCAGAUUCCUUGGGAUAAGAAUCCUGAGGCAUUAGCCAAAUGGGCUGAAGGUCAAACAGGCUUUCCAUGGAUUGAUGCCAUCAUGACACAGCUUCGUCAGGAAGGGUGGAUUCACCAUUUAGCCAGACACGCAGUUGCUUGCUUCCUGACACGAGGUGACCUCUGGAUCAGUUGGGAAGAAGGCAUGAAGGUAUUUGAAGAAUUAUUGCUUGAUGCAGAUUGGAGCAUAAAUGCUGGAAGUUGGAUGUGGCUAUCUUGUAGUUCCUUUUUCCAACAGUUUUUUCACUGCUAUUGCCCUGUUGGUUUUGGUAGGAGAACAGAUCCCAAUGGAGACUAUAUCAGGCGUUAUUUGCCUGUCCUAAGAGGCUUCCCUGCAAAAUAUAUCUAUGAUCCCUGGAAUGCACCAGAAGGUAUUCAAAAGGUAGCCAAAUGUUUGAUAGGAAUUAAUUAUCCUAAACCAAUGGUGAACCAUGCUGAGGCAAGCCGUUUGAAUAUUGAAAGGAUGAAACAGAUCUAUCAGCAGCUUUCACGAUACCGAGGUCUAGGUCUUCUUGCAUCAGUACCUUCUAAUCCUAAUGGGAAUGGAGGCCUCAUGGGAUAUUCUCCUGGAGAAAAUAUUCCAGGUUGUAGCAGCAGUGGAAGUUGCUCUCAAGGGAGUGGUAUUUUACAUUAUGCUCAAGGAGACACUCAGCAAACUCAACUAUUAAAACAAGGAAGAAGCUCCAUGGGCACUGGUCUCAGCAGUGGGAAGCGUCCUAGUCAGGAAGAGGACACACAGAGUAUCGGUCCUAAAGUCCAGAGACAGAGCACUAAUUAGAAAACAUUCAGGAGGAAUACUGUUGCAGCUGAAAUUUUUGGGGAUUUCAAUGCUUUUCAACUAAAUUAUUUUAAAAUGUUCUUCACUUAUGGAAAGCAGUUACAUUUUGAAAUGCAUUGUUUCUAAUGACAUUUCUGUGGUUUUUAACUUUUUAAUGAAUUUCACAUAGUAUGGGUGGUAAUUUGUAUAUAAAGAACUUGACAAAAGAGUUUGCUUAAUGUAAAUAUAAAUAGUCACUGUUAGCAUAGAUCCAUCAAUAUAUUUUUGAUAAUUUUUCAUGUAUGGUAAAAGUUGCAAACUGGUAUUGUUAUCAAACUCAAAGUUUGAGAGUCAAUGUGGGGAAAUAGGAGGUUUUUAGACUUUCUUAAAAGACUUUGUUAAAAUUUAAGGACAAAAUUUUCCUGACAUCAUUGAACUAACUUUGAUAAUGUUUUAGAAAAUGUGUAUAAUCAAAAUUGGUUAUUGUAACCUCUGUUAACGCAUAGAAUAUGUUUUAAACUUCAUGUUUGCCUGUUUAGACCCAAACGUGUAGAAGGAUCAUGUGUUAAGUUCUCUGUCUCCCUUUUUUUUGUUCAUUUAUAACUAAAGUGACCUUGUUAUUAAAGUUUAUGCAAAUAUGCCA